GGAAAAUGGUUAAUAUUGUGUGUAAAAAGUUCACCAAAAUUAGUUGAUAUCGUUGACAGAAGUUAUUAAAAGCAGUUGCAACAGAAUUUACGCAAAAGAUUUGUGAGUUGAUUGAGUGCAUUCGCGGGUUAAAUUUGGGUGUUAUUACGACCAUCCCCGGCACAUGUGGAAUAAGUGUGUGACAGGCACAAGAUUCAGGAAGCUCCAAGUAGUUAGGUUCAUAGGGAUUAGGGAAACAGAAGAUAAUAGAAAGUUACUGUAUAGUGGGUUACUGUGAAGAAUACCGACGACGUGUUGAGGAUCUUUAAUAAGGAAGGUGACGGCGAUCGAUUGCUCUCCAGAACAGCGCCACGCUUGUUCUAACGACGACAUCUGGCAGUUCCCAUCGUUGUGUGGCAACACGCUCGCUCUAAGAAACAUCAUUCACCAUGCCGCAGAACGAAUAUAUUGAACGGCACAUUAAGCUGUACGGUCGCCGGCUUGAUUAUGAAGAGCGCAAGCGUAAGCGAGAGGCUCGCGAGCCAAAGAAGCGCGCCGCCACGGCCCGCAAGCUGCGGGGCAUCAAGGCUAAGCUUUUCCAGAAGCAGCGCCGCAAUGAGAAGAUUCAGAUGAAGCGCAAGAUCCAGGCGCACGAGGAGAAGAAGGUGAAGAAGACGACCGAAAAGGUUGAGGAUGGAGCCCUUCCGCCGUACCUGAUGGAUCGUGGCAUACAAUCGAGCGCGAAGGUGCUCUCCAACAUGAUCAAACAGAAGCGGAAAGAGAAGGCGGGCAAAUGGGAUGUACCGAUACCGAAGGUGCGUGCACAGUCCGAUGCCGAGGUGUUCAAGGUGAUUCGGAGCGGCAAAACGAAGCGCAAAGCCUGGAAGCGUAUGGUCACGAAAGUGACGUACGUCGGAGAGAACUUUACCCGUAAGCCACCGAAAUACGAGCGAUUCAUCCGACCGAUGGCACUCCGCUUCAACAAGGCGCACGUAACGCAUCCGGAGCUGAAGGCAACCUUUUACCUGCCAAUUAUUGGUGUGAAGAAGAAUCCCUCCUCGCCGAUGUACACGAGCCUGGGUGUGAUCACCAAGGGUACCGUGAUUGAGGUGAACAUUUCCGAGCUCGGUCUCGUCACACAGUCCGGCAAGGUGGUGUGGGGAAAGUACGCCCAGGUGACGAACAACCCGGAAAAUGACGGUUGCAUCAAUGCGGUACUGUUGAUUUAAAGUAGUGCGUGGGGAAAUAUGGGGUAUUGUGGCUAAAGGGAGAACAACGGACUGUUAUUCUUCAGCGUUGAUUGGGCGUGUAGGUGUUAAGAUUUUCUUUAAGAUCAAAGAUAGUUUAUCGAGCAGGUCAAGCGAAAACAGGAGACUAAAGGACAAGGCUAGGGAAUAGAUCAGGAAUUUUGUAUCAGAAAGCCUGAAUAAGAAAAAGGAGCGUUUGGGUGC